CUUCAACUACAUUGCUUGCUACAAAAUUCUUCAGUGUAAGUGUAAGCUGUUAGAUUAGAUUAUGACAUUCAUCUAAUUCAAUCAUCAUACAUAGGUUUUGAACAAACCAAUCAGCUUAGCUUCCCAUGCAAAAACUUCUUCUUUUAACUCUUAGCUUCUCUGGGAGCAUAAGCACGUAGGAUCGUAACUUCAUGGCAGCGCAGAAUCGUAGAAUCGCACGAUUCUAACGAUUCAAACGAUUCAACAUAAACAAAUCGAUUUCACUGCAAGCCCAUUUUUGGAGCCCAAUUCCUCUGAACAGAACACUCUCUUCAACUUCAACCCUAAAUUUCCAACCUUUAUAUAAAUGUUCUAGCUUUCCCGCGUUCUCCCUCGUAAUGCCCUAACCGCAUUUCAUCGAAAUCGUGUUAGGGUUUCUGUUUCUGCUAUUCUGAGUUCGAAAACACUAAAAAGGUCAAGUCUUUUAUCUUGUUCUGUUGACUAUUUUUGCUUUCACUUGAAAAAAUGGCUCUUGUUGGUUGUGGGAAGAGGAAGGGGAAGGAUUUGGAAGAGAAAAAUGGGGUCAUUGUGAAGAAAAGAGGGAACGAUGUUGAUCAUUCUAUCGUGGGUGAUAGUGAAGAGAUUCUGAGAAAAGAAAUAUGUCAGAAAGUUGCUACCUUUCUAGUCAUGAGUGGCAUUCCUUUGAAAGCUGUGAAAAGUGUUGAGUUUCAAAAGAUGUGGGAAUCAGUUGCACGUUGUGGCCCUGGAUACAUUGCACCUUCUAUUGAAGAUCUCAGAGGGAAGCUUUUGAAGUAUCAAGUGGCAAGAAUCAAGGAAGCAAUUGAGGAUCACAAGAUCAAGUGGAAGAGAACAGGGUGCAGCAUUUUGAUUGAUAGCUGGAAUAACGGGUAUGGAAUGACCAUAUUCAACUUCUUUGUUAACAGCCCUAAAGGUACGGUUUUUCUGAAAUCUGUUAAUGCUACUAAUGUUUGCAACAAUGUUGAUGGUAUCUUUGAGAUGAUUGAUGGUGUUAUGAAUGAGGUUGGUAUUGAAAAUGUUGUUCAAGUUGUGACAAAAAAUGAAGAUAGUUUUAAAGCUGCUGGAAAAUUGUUGAUGGAGAAAAGAAGUACUAUUUUUUGGAUGCCUUGUGCUGUUCAUUGUAUUGAAUUGAUGUUUGAGGAAUUUGAAAAGAAGUUGAAGGUUCAUAGAGAGACCAUUGCUAAUGGUAGGAGGAUUACUACUUAUAUAUAUUCCAGAGCUUCUGUGAUUGAUCUGUUGCAUUACUUUACCAAGGGAAAGGAUUUGAUUAGGCCGGCUGCGACUCGUGGUGCGACUUCUUAUCUGACUUUAGAUUGUCUCAAUCGCAACAAGGAUGCAUUGGAGAAAAUGUUCACUUCGAAAUCAUGGAAAUCCAGUGCUUUCUCAAGAUCAAGAAGUGGGAAAGAGGUUGAGAAUAUAGUUAUGGAUAGCAAGUUUUGGAAGAACAUUGAGAUUUGUUUGAAAGGUGCUAAUCCUCUUAUUAAAGUGCUUCGAUUGGUGAAUUCGGACGAAAAACCAGCCAUGGGUUUCGUUUAUAAAGAAAUGAUGCAAGCAAAAGAAAAGAUACAAAGUGCCUUCAAUUCUGUCAAGCAAAGAUACAUGCCUUUGUGGAACAUCAUUGAUGAAAAAUGGGAUAAAGAAGUUCAUAGGCCUUUGGAAGCUACUGCUUACUACCUCAACCCUCAAUUUCACUAUAGCCCUGAUUUCAAAGAUGAUUUUGAUGUUAAAUAUGGACUAUAUAGUUCUUUGUGUAGGACGGUAGCAAUUAAAGCUGAUGCAUGCACGGUUGAUCGUCACCUUGAAGAGUUCAAGAAUGCAAGAAAUGCCUUUGGAAGUGAAUUAGCCAAGUCUGCUAUUAAAACCAAAAAGCCAGCAGAGUGGUGGGACUCUUAUGGAUCUGAAUUUCCCGAGCUUCAGAAUUUCGCCAUUCGUAUACUGUCCUUGACAUGCAGUGCUUAUGGGUGUACAACCAAUUGGGAUACUUUUGAUAAGGUUCACUCAAAGAAAAGGAGUCGUCGUAGGCAGAAGACAUGGAAUGAUGUAUUGUUUGCGAUGUCCAACUUAAAAGUGACCGAUGAGAAGAAGGAAAGCAAAGCGUUUGCGUAUAGCAUGGAAGACAUUGCUUCUGAUGAUGAAUGGUAUGUAGAGAACAUUGAAAGUUCAUCUAAUAAUGAAGAACCAGAGCUGUACGAUGCAGAAUUGAUUAUUCCAGCUGAAGAUGAUACACGAAAAGAUCAAUAUGGUUAUAUAGAUGACUUGAGAAUUCCUGAUAUUGAUUCUGACUUUAAUGAUGAUGAUGAUGAUGAUGUUGCUAAUGAUGAUUAUGGAGAUGAUGAUGUCAUGGAAAGUGAUGGAGAUGACAUGGAAGAUGAUGAUUACGAUGAUUGAUGCAAACACAUUGUUCAAGUCUUGCAUGAAGUAUUAUGUUCUCCUAUAUAUAUAGUUAAAACAAUGUCAGUUUUUAAUGUUUCAAGUGUUUUCUUUUCUGGUUGACAUGUUCAUGUUCUAAGUGUUUAAUGUGGUGACUUGUCUCUUGUAAGAAAACUUAACCUGUGAUGUCUUUUGGAUUAGAGUUUAUUUAACAUGUUUGUUUUGAUUUUAAAUUUCUUGUGGACUAGCCUUAGUUUU